AUGGAUCAAACAUCAAAUUCAAGUCAAAGUGGAAAUAGUUCACCAAAUUUAACAACAUCUUCACCACCUCUUCAAUCACAGCAACAACAGCAACUACAAUCGAAUGAUUUAAUUUUGAAAUUGAUAUUCCCACCAACAUCAUCGAUUAUCUCUAAAACCAUAUUGGUCAAACCAACACAGAAAGCCAGUGAGAUUGUCUCGUUUGCCUCGCAACUGGCAGGUCUGCAAUCGGGCUACUCUCUUUACAUCUCACACUCCAAGCUGACACAACGUCCUCAAUGGAUCGACGACGACUCUCCGCUGUCGGCCUAUGGUAUCGUCAGCUCCGACCAAGUGCUAAUCAAGCGUCGACCAGGCUUCAGAACCCGAAAGAACACAUUCGCUCAACUGAAAGGCUUCAAAGAAGGCAAAGUCCAGAAACUCUCUACCUUUGGUAUGAUUUGGAAUCCUCGAUAUCUUCGACUGUACUCACAGCGCAUCGUUCACUCACCAAGCGAGACCGAUCCCAAUACCGAGUUUAUUACAUUCGCCGAUAUCAUCAACGUCGAUCGUGAUCUCACCAGAAAGUAUAGUUUCAUCAUUGCGUCUCGUGCUCCACAGUCGAAUGUCGCCAACACCAGCAUGAACACAAUCAGUGGAGGCAGCAGUAGCAGCAGUAAAUCAUUGAAUAUCGAUGAACGUGAAUACAUCUUUAGAUGUACAAAUCAAACAGAGAUGGAAGAGUGGGUAUCCUCCAUAAGAACCAUGCUCAAGAAAUCAAGACCAGACCUUUUCCUUCCUCCCCUCUCCAUUCCAUUCAACUCGAACAAUAAUAAUAAUAACAAUAAUAACAAUAAUAAUAAUCAUACACCAGUUGCAUCGACAUCAUCAACAACUUUAACUUCUACACAUUCAUCCUCAACAACAAAUGCACCUAUUUCAUCAUCAUCCUCAUCAUCAUCACCAAAUUUAACAUCAACAAUAGCCACUACCGUUUCAAAUAUAGAUAAUAUGGAUAUAAAUAGUAGUAAUAAUAAUAAUACAUUGGCACCAGUUACACCAGAUAAAUUAACAACAAAAGGUAGAUCAUUUUCAUUCUCAUUGUCAGCUAUCAAGAAGAAACAGCAACGCGAGUCACCACCAGAGAUGUCGCCAAUGAAGACAACAACCUCUGUCAACUUUGAAGAUGAAUUGCGUAAGAUGCGCAAUGUACUCGACAAGGAAACCAAACAAAAGAUGGAACUCGAAAAGAAAUAUAGAAAACUGAAACAAAAAUACUCAACCUACAAAAAGAACAACAAACCGGAAUCUAUCUUUACACGUUCAAGGUCAUUUUCAACUUCUGCUGCACCACCACCGUCUGCCUCCAACAGUAGUAACAAUCUAAGUCAAUCUCUUACUGGUAUACCAACAAAUAAUAAUAUAAACAACCAACAACCACUAACACAACAACAACAAUCAAGUAAUAAUAAUAAUAACUUUUCACUCUCUGAAUCUGUACCAACAAUUACCUUUAAUGCUCCACAAUCGAGAUCGAUUCCAAACUCUUAUACUUCACACAGUUUGGUUGGACAUAUGAAUAGUUGGACACCUGGCACCAGUCCAUAUGCAAUCGGCGCCAACCGAAUGACCAUGAGAAACAGUGUGGGCAGUCACAGCAGCGGUGGUAUGAUGACCGAGCCUGACAUCUCCACUGAAACCGAGACGUUCAGUGUGCUCGAUGACGACGACGAUGAAUCGCUAAUGAGCAAGCGUGACGAGAUCAAAGAGCUGCGCGACCAACUGUUGCGUGUCAGAGAGAAGAUGCAACUCGAAAUGCAGAGACGCGAGGAAUCCGAACAGGAACGUCAGGUUUCCGAUCGGGAACUCUUUAAACGCCGAAAAAUGGAGGAGCGUCGUGAGCGUGAGUUGGCCAGUGAGAAGGAGCGAGAGAACGAUCAACUCGAAGCAAUGACAGAGAUCACCGAACGACUCAAAGACUCGCUACUCAAACUGAAAUCGAAACUCGAAGAACAACAGGAACAAGAACAAGAGCAGUAUGCCAUCGAUGGAGAAGAAGAAAGACUAUCGCAAUCCUACGAUGGUAAUGAUAAUUCUUUUAUAAGUGAUGUCUCAAUGGAUCAAGUUGAAGAAGCAUAUUGA